GUACACAUAAACUUUAAUUAAUUUUUCACAAUGUCUACUACACAUCCAACAAAUAUUACUACUGAGUGGGAUGACCUCCAACGCAAGCAUGGAAACCUGCCGAAACUUGAACCCGAAGAGACCAAUGAAGUUCGCGAUGCUCGUAUGGUUGAGGUUGCAGAACUAGAGCUGUUACGGGAAGCUCGAUUGGAAGCAUGGAAAAAGAAGGUACAUGCCAAGGCUCAGACUACUUUUGGUACACCUGUCGCUAUCACGGACGAUACCUUUGUACAAGAGGUUACCAACGCAUCGAAAGCUACUGAUGGGUCUAUCGGCCAAGGUGUAGACAUUGAAAAUGCCGAGUCAGAUGAAAGGACUUAUAAUACAAACAAUGUACAGCCUGAGCUUCUAUCCAAUGCCGGGAAAUACGUCCCAGUACUUCUGGUUGACGAUCGUAAAGAAUCUGUAUACUUACAAGGGGCCUGGAUAGAGCUUGCAAGAAGGUAUCCAACCAUAAAAUUUACUACUGGAUCUGUCAGUCGUAUACUUAAAUGUGAUAGUAAGAACACUUGUCCACCAUCUUCUAUUUUACUCUACUUUGGAGGAAAGUGUAUUAUGCAAACACCGGCAUUGUCGAUAUUGAAAGGCAUGUCGUAUGAUUUAACCGAUGCCAGCGUAGAGGCGCGUGUUGCGGAUGCACUAGAGGUUGUUUUGAACAGUGUAUCUGGACAUGGUGGUUUCCUCGUACGACGUGAAGGUCCUAGCGAUUCCGAUUCAGAUUCAAAUUCUGACGAUGAAGAACGUAGUAGUCUUAAAAAAGCAGGCAAUAAAUUCAAACGUGAAUUCCUCUCCAGGAUUACAGGUGGAAAAUACAAAGGUGAUAGUGAUUCGGAUUCUGAUCGCGAAUCCAGAAGUAAAACUUAUACGUCAUGGGUACUUGAUCGUGCCAUUGGCUGAUAUCGCUGUUUCAAUUGGGCUAGUUGUACAACAGGAAUCC